AUACCAACCCUUGCUACCUGCCAACUUUGAUGGUCCAUUGGUUCCACCAAAGUGGCCUUCUUUCGUAACAAGCAAAGAACAGGGAAUAUAAAGUACCCAAAAUCCAGAUUAAUCACUGAGGAUGCCUUUAACCAUGCAUCUAAGGCUUCAUGCCCUGGAUAUAUUUUUUGUCAAUGUCAUCUUAAAAUCAAAAAGAAAAGGAUAAAAGGAGAAUAGGCGAACUAUGCUUUUCAAGCCAUGGUUGUCGUGCUGUGCUGUUAGUGUAUGCGAGUGUGUAUGUAGAAAGCGCCACACACAUAUUUAUUUUGGGAGAGAGAAAGAGGGAAUAAGGGCCUUCUUUUUUUACUGUUGUUUACUAUACGAUGGCGCACAGGCUAGGAACACCUUACCAAGCCCUACUAAACAAGUCAACGGGCAAGAACUUUUGGCGUGGAGCGUCAGGUCAUUUUGCCUAUCCUGAUGUUCUGCGAUGGCGAGGAUCGGUCCUGUUAAACACGCUGCCAGGCGUUGUUGUCACAACCCUGUUUUCGUGCAUUGUGUGCGUACUCCACUUGCAAUUCGGCGUUGCAAUGGACGUUCCCGUUUCUGUCUUGUCAACUGUCUCUGUCGCGCUAGGCUUGCUGCUGGCAUUCCGUGUAAACACUGCAUAUGACCGCUACUGGGAAGGUCGCAAACUGAUCCAAACGGUGAUGGCCACGAUUCGUAAUCUUACAAGACAAGUGUGGAUCAAUAUCCCCGAGCAAUCGCAUGGUGAUCAUGUGGAAAAGAUGCGCUGCGUGAAACUCUUGCUGGCCUUUAUGGUUGCCACAAAGCAUCAUUUGCGCGGUGAAUACGGCACAGACUAUGACGAUCUCAAGUCGCUACUUCCGCCUGGCUGGGUACCCUGCAGUGUCACGCAUGCACCUGUUGCAGCAGCAGCAGCAGCAGCAGCAAGUCAACAAAAGAAGCGAAGACUCUUUAAAGCCGUACCGAUCAUUGUCUCCCUGUACCAUUCGUUGCGACCCUCAAAGUACAAGCAAGACGACGCCGAACUUGACUCAGAUGACCGAAAUGAUGCUGUCAAUAUUCCUCGGUCAGUCGUUCGGGAAGCGUUCCCCGACUCGGAUCUCGCGUACGCAAAGACGACGGCUGACCUUCGACGUAUUGCAAAAGAGCGAGAUGAUGAUGACGAAGCAAUCGUCCAUGGUGUCUACGGAAGCAUGUCCCAUAAUGGUAACCAUAGCAGCAGCAGCAACAACAACAACAACAACACACAACAUCGCCCCCAUCAGGCGGUGUUCACCUCAGAGGAAGACUUGCCAGACCAUGGUGAUGCAGAUAUCGCUUUGCCAUUGGAAAUCCUGUUUCUUGUCGCACUGUACGUAAACCAAGCCAAACGUAGCAAUAAGAUUGAAUCCAACUUUGUUUCGGUCGUCACAUCAUCGCUCGAUACACUAGUCAACGCGUUAACUGCUUUUGAACGUAUCUCUACCACACCGGUGCCUCGUGCGUACAACAUCCACCUUAAGCAAGGUGUUAUUCUGUAUAUUUUCUUCUUGCCAUUCGCACUCGUCAACCCUUUGGCCUGGCUUGUUACCCCAAUUGUAGCCUUGGUCUCCUUCACUUUGUUUGGUAUUGAAGCAAUUGGUGCCGAAAUCGAAAAUCCAUUUGGCUACGACUAUAAUGACUUGCCAUUAAAUACCUAUUGUGAGGAACUCAAGAGAGAAGUAGCAUAUAUCAUUUAUCAUAUCCCCACACAUUCAAAGAGUAUUCUUUUGGAUGGUCAUUAGUAGAUUCCAUAUUUCUAUUCCUUCGGCACGCAACACCCCAAAGUCA